AUGCGCUAUUCCCUUCGAGCAAAAGCCAAACCAGCCGGUUUCUACAAUGAAGACAUUAAUCCCCUGAAGCCCGAAAAAGUGACCGGUCGCAUCACCAAAAAAGCAACCGCAGCGAAAAAGGCCGUAGUUGCGAAAGCCUUGAAGGUUGGAAUGACAGCAAGAGCCGCAAAAGUUGCGAAAGCGAAGCCUAAAGACGAUAAUAUCCCCAAAGACCUUGAUAAAUCCUACGUGGAAAUAUGGAAACCUGAGGUUCUUCCACGACCGAAGAAGCAAUCGUGGAAACAUGAAGGAGACGAGUCGAUCACCGAUAUGAAGAACGUCCCACCGGGAUGGAGUUCGCACGACCCAGACCUUGAUCCUAAUGACAUUGACCGCCAGAUUAAACGAUGCCAUGAGAGGAUCGAAGCCAAUAUCAUGCCUGCUAUUUUCGAGAAGCGUUUGAAGAAAUACCUGAAAAUGAUGGCAGAUCGCGAUGAAAUGAUGGAGGAAGAAGCAGACGACCUCAGCUGGGACGUGGUUCAGCGUCUGGACGAUCUGGAACACAUAAGAGGCUGGCUCGAGGACGAUGACGACGACGAGCAACUCGUCAGCGUCGAUGCUUUAAUGAAAGCGUACACGAUUGGGGAUCUGGAGUGGAAUGCAGGUCUAGUAACUUACUGGUCAAAGGGCAAGCAACUAUGCCAACCACGCCCAUUCCAAUGGAGUGAAUUCCUAGCCAUCAGCACAAAGCACAAGGGCCAUGUUGGAUUCUGGGUUGAAGGGGUAAGUUAUCUGCGUCAUCUGAUACGAAAGGAACACACUAACGAGAGCCGACUACUGCAGGGCCCCAAAGCCGGAAAGAUUCACCUCAAGGAGAUCACGCCAAACAGCGGCACACUCAAUGGAGCAAAUAUCGAUUCGAACAGCCUACUCAGCCCUACAUCUCCAGCGGUAGGACCAACCUCACACAUCGAAAUCCGGCUCAACGACACAGUGCAAAGUCACCCAUUCAGCUACGUGAAAGACUCCGGCGCGCACAUCAUGACAAUCACAGACCGAGACUUCGCAUACCUGCACAAAGUCUCCGUCACGAGCGAUGGAUUCGACCCGAAGCCCGCCGCCUGCAUGGGCGUAACGCGCGUGCACCUAGGGACGGGCGAAGAAGCCUCCUGGAGAUCGAAGGCGCUGCAGAUCAAGUUUAAGGAUCCGGAUCAUCCCAAGCGUGGGGACUGGGAGUGGGUUCAAUGCCACUUGCGUGAGGAGAGGCAUAUGGGUUCGAAUCAUGUUCCUGGCUCGGGGACGUGUGUGCUGUACAGGGAUACGCUGCUUUGGAAGUAUGGGCCGAGGGAGGGGAUCAAUCGGAAGCCGCAGGUGCUUGGUUAG